AUGCCGUUAGAUCCUAACCUCAAGGCCGCUCGGCCAGUGGUUCUUUCGCGGCAACGACUCCAAAAGGGCUUAUCUCGUGAUGCUUCCAAUGGCCCAAAGAAGGCUUUCACUCUGCGCGAUGCUGAACAGGCCAAUACUCUCGAUUUUGAGCAGGUUCCUGAGCCGAAUAAGGGCCGGCCGCGACUCCUCUCAGACGACGAAGAAGAGGCUAUCGUGAGCUCCAUUAUUUGGAUGCAGAAGUCCGGUCUUCCGGCCUCCAAGCACGAGAUUGAAGAUGCAGCAAAUAUAAUACGAAGCCGCCGUGAUCCUGAUGCUGUGCCGGUUGGAAGGAUGUGGUACAGGCGCUUCUGUGACGAUCAUCCCGAGCUUGAUAGAUCGAUUUUGAAGUCGAAAGAAGACGCUCGAUUUAAGUAUAACGAAGCCGGCGUGGAGGAGACAAAGCAGUGGUUUAAACGGCUCACUGAGGCUAUCACGAGAUAUGGAAUCGACGCCUUAUAG